AUGCCCAUCGCUAUUCCCAGCCGCUCGCUUUCUUCGGCCGCAGACGGUCAGCCUAUCAAGGCGAGGUCUGCAUCUCCCUACCCCACUACCAGUCCCGAGCAGAAUCUCCUUCGUCUCAAGGCCCACCUCCAGAACCUGCCCACUCCUCUUCUCAAAAAUAUCCACCUCGCCAAAAUCCGACGAAGCGAUCCCAAUGCAUUCUUCUCGCUGAUGCGUGACGAGCUCAUCGACUACGCUCCCAUCGUCUACACUCCCACUGUCGGCGAGGUUUGCCAGAAGUAUUCUCAGAUCUACGAUGGACCCGAAGGCUUGUACCUCAGUAUCGAAGACAAGGACCGCAUCCCCGAGAUCCUCCGUGAAUACGCCUCAAACCUCUCCAACACGCCCCAAAUCCUCGUGGUCACCGAUGGUUCUCGUAUCCUCGGACUGGGAGAUCUAGGAAUCGGAGGAAUGGGAAUCAGUGUCGGAAAGCUGAACCUGUAUGUUGCUGGUGGUGGUGUGAAUCCGCAUGGCUGUCUGCCUGUCGUCCUCGACAUGGGCACAAAUACACAGUCCAUCCGAGAUGACCCACUGUAUAUUGGUCUCCGACGCCCUCGUGCCACCCUCGAGGAGGCUACCGAGUUCAUGGACGCCUUUAUGGCUGCCGCUUCCGAGGCGUUCCCCAAGGCUGUCAUUCAACAUGAGGACUUUUACUCCGAAGCCGCUUUCGGCUUCCUGGAAAAGUACAAGGAGGACUACCGAAUGUUCAACGAUGACAUUGAGGGUACCGGCUCUGUCAUUCUCGCUGGGUUCCUGGCCGCUGCCAAGCAGGCUAGUGAGGCUUCCGGCAAGCCCUUGAAGGACCACAGGAUCGUCUUCCUGGGUGGUGGUUCUGCUGCUGUUGGUGUCGCCAAAGAGAUGAUGAACUUUUUCAGGAUGCAAGGAUUGACCGAGGAUGAGGCCAGAGAAAGGUUCUGGCUCAUCGACACGAAGGGUCUCAUCACCUCUACCCGCCCCGACGUCGUCUCUGGCAAGGUCUCUUCCCACAAGAAGUACUUUAUCCGAAACGACACUGAAGGCAAAGAGUACCCUUCCCUCGAGUCCGUCAUCGAGUACGUCAAGCCCACCGCGCUCGUCGGUCUCUCCACCACCUUCGGCGCCUUCUCCGAGCCCGCCGUCCGCGGCAUGGCCGAGCUCAACGAAACCCCCAUCAUCUUCCCUCUCUCCAACCCCACCAGCAAGUGCGAGCUUUCCUUCUCUGACGCCCUCGAAUGGACCGACGGCAGGGUGCUCUUUGCUUCUGGGUCUCCUUACCCCUCGCAAGAGUUUGGCGGCAAGUUCCGUGAGCCUGGACAGGGAAACAACUUCCUCGUCUUCCCUGGUAUUGGCUUUGGUGCCCUCCAGGCCGGGGCUACGAGGAUCACGAAUGGCAUGAUCACUGCCUCUGCCAUCUCGCUCUCCGAGGCGCUCAAUGCCGAGGAGAAGGCGAGAGGGUUGCUCUACCCCAGGCUCGACAGGAUCAGAGAAGUCAGCGCGAGGGUUUCCGCAGGUGUUGUCAAGCGAGCACAGGAGGAUGGCGUUGACACCAACACCGAGUUGAGAGGUCUGGAUAUUGACGCUCUCACGGAAAAGAUGAAGAGUGCUCAGUGGUGGCCUUGA